AGUGCACGUUUCCAGACAGCUUCCGGGUGAAAGGUCACGGAAGUUUCGCGAGGGUUGACCUUUGUACCUUCCAACAUGGCGCCCAGGUCGGUCAGGAUUCCGAGUCGGCUGCCGAUUUUGGUGGUUUCUGGCGGCGUCUUGCUGCCAGGGUCCUCCAUGAGGAUACCUGUCCAUGCUCCGAGAAACAUGCAGCUGGUGAAGAACCAUGUGAUGAAGAGGAACAGUCUCAGCAGCAUCAUUAUAGGUGUGGCAACAACCACCAGCAAGGACCCACAGACAGAGGACCUUGCAGCCCUCCAUGAGAUAGGCACUGCAGCUGUGGUCGCCCAGGUGACCGGUACCAACUGGCCCAAACCGGCCUAUACCCUGCUGGUGACAGGUCUGUGCCGGUUCAAAGUGGUUGACUUUGUUCAGGAGAUGCCGUAUCCCAUUGCACAUGUUACCCAGCUGGACAAGCUGCCUGGAGAUCUUACUGAUGUGAGUGAUGAAGAGUUAGCCACACUGCUGGACACGUUUAAGGAGAAGGCCCAUGUUCUGGUGGACAUGUUGGACAUCACUGUACCUGUUGUGGCAAAACUCAAGAAAAUGCUGGACAGUCUUCCAUCUCAGCAUCUGCCUGAUGUUUUUGCCUCGAUUGUGAAAGCUUCAUAUAAGGAGAAAUUACAGGUUCUGGAUGCAGUGGACCUGAGGGAACGGUUUGAGAAGACUCUCCCACUUCUCAUCAGGCAGAUUGAGGGUUUGAGACUUCUUCAGAAUUCCAAGGAACAGGGAAACAAGAAGAACAAGAAAAGACCUGACGUCCGCAUUGUGGUGAAGCCCCCUGGGGAGGGGGGCAAGCGAUCCAUCAGGAUAGUGGGCGACCAGGAUGAUGAUGGGGAGGUGGAUGAGAUUGCUGAGCUGGAGAACAAAAUCAAACAAGCCAACCUUCCAGCCCAAGCUCUGAAAGUUGCUACCAGAGAGUUAAAGCGACUGAAGAAGAUGCCAGCAGCUAUGCCGGACCAUGCUGUCAUCAGGAACUACCUUGAGUUGAUGGCCGAGCUGCCGUGGUCCAAGAGCAGUCCUUACCAGCUGGACAUCACACAUGCCAGGGAAGACCUCGAUGCUGACCAUUACGGACUGGACAAGCUGAAGCAGCGAGUUAUGGAGUACCUGGCCGUCCGACAGCUCAAGAACAACCUGAGGGGGCCCAUACUCUGCUUUGUCGGACCCCCGGGGGUGGGGAAGACCAGUGUGGGCAGGUCCAUUGCCCAGAUUCUCGGAAGGGAGUUCCACAGGAUUUCCUUAGGAGGCGUGGUGGACUCCUCGGACAUCCGGGGUCACCGGAGGACAUACAUCGGCAGCAUGCCUGGGCGUGUCAUCCAGGGGCUGAGGACUGUGGGCACCAACAACCCGCUCUUCUUACUGGACGAGGUGGACAAACUGGGCAGGAGCCUGCAGGGAGACCCAGCAUCAGCACUCCUGGAGGUGCUGGAUCCUGAACAGAACGCCCACUUCACAGAUCACUACCUGAACGUGCCCUUUGACCUGUCACAGGUCAUCUUCAUAGCGACCGCCAACACCACGGCCACCAUCCCGCCCGCUCUCCUGGACAGGAUGGAGGUCAUCUCUGUCCCGGGGUACACUCAGGAGGAGAAGCACCACAUAGCAACCAGGCAUCUCGUUCCCAAGCAACUCAAGGAGCAUGGUCUGACUGGUGAACAAUUGCAGUUCUCUGAGGAAGGUCUUAAAACCAUCAUUGGCAGGUACACCCGUGAGGCAGGUGUGCGGACCCUGGAGAGGAGACUCGGUGCCGUGUGCAGAGCCGUGGCCGUCAAAGUGGCAGAAGGGCUUCCAAAACCCAAACAACAUGCUGCCGAAAACAAAGAAGUACCAAGUAAAGAAGAAGACAAGACAGAGGAGGUCCAUGCUGCAGAUGAGGACAUCAAGGUUCCCCAUGUGGACCACCCUCCCAACCUGCCUAUUGUCAUUGAUGACCAUGCUGUCAAGGAUAUACUGGGGCCCCCAGUGUUUGAACAUGAAGUGUCCCAGAGGUUGAACCAGCCAGGAGUGGCAGUAGGCCUUGCCUGGACACCCAUGGGAGGAGAGAUCAUGUUUGUGGAGGCCACCAGGAUGGAUGGAGAUGGGCAGCUCACCCUCACAGGACAGCUGGGUGAUGUGAUGAAGGAGUCAGCUCAACUGGCCAUCAGCUGGCUUCGCAGUAAUGCACUGGAGUAUGGGCUGGUGCAGAAGUCAGGGCAGGACCUGAUGGAGAACACAGACGUCCACAUCCACUUCCCUGCAGGGGCUAUCGGGAAGGACGGGCCGUCAGCUGGGGUCACCAUCGUCACAGUCCUGGCAUCUCUCUUCAGUGGCCAUGUGGUGAGAUCAGACACAGCCAUGACAGGAGAGAUCACUCUCAGGGGGGUGGUGCUUCCGGUUGGAGGGAUUAAGGAGAAGGUACUAGCUGCUCACCGUGCAGGGAUCACACGGAUCAUCCUGCCCAAACGCAAUGAGAAGGAUCUACAGGACAUCCCCAGUAAUGUCAGGAAAGAGUUGACCUUCAUCCUGGCCGACCAGUUGUGCGAUGUUCUGAAAGCAGCCUUCGAUGAUGGCUUCCCGUCUUCCAAACAGGACCGCUCCAUCUCCAGCAAGCUUUGACACAACAAUCACAGCCUAGCGGAUCCCAACACAAAUCACUCUGCAAUCUGUUUUUAGAGAUUAACUCUCAGGCUAUUCUGAAAAGUUGAAAGACUGUAGAUUUUUUCUUCAACAUGUGCCUUUUUUCUUGAAGUUUAAUGCUAUCUAUCUUGAAAUCUCCACGUCCUUUAAUUUUAGAUGUAUCCUGACAACCUCUAAGAUUUACAUGGCCCUGAUGCUAAUCAUUGACAAGUUGUUGUACAACUUAAGUGAUUGUCUAUUAGAUAACAUAUGAUCAUGUGGUAACACCACAAACUUAUCACAAAGUAUGAAUUACUAAAUUCAUU